AUCUCUUUGAUCCAACCUCGCUAAAACUGAUUCAUCAGAAAGGCGGAAGAGAGAGAUUGAUCGAGGAGAGAGAAGAUGACGGAAGCCGCGAUAAGGAAGAAGCCUGGUAUGGUGAGCGUCAAGGAUAUGCCGCUCCUUCAGGACGGACCGCCGCCGGGAGGUUUUGCUCCUGUGCGAUUCGCUCGCCGGAUCCCUAACAAGGGACCGAGCGCCGUCGCCAUGUUUCUAGCUGUCGCCGGUAGUUUUUCGUGGGGAAUGUAUCAGGUUGGACAGGGAAAUGCUAUCCGAAGGGGACUUAAAGAAGAGAAGUAUAAUGCUCGAAAAGCUAUAAUUCCUAUGCUUCAGGCCGAAGAGGACGAAAGAUAUGUGAAGGAGUGGAAGAGCUAUUUGGAAUAUGAGGCUAGAAUAAUGAAAGAUGUGCCUGGCUGGAAAGUGGGUGAGAAUGUUUAUAACUCUGGACGAUGGAUGCCUCCAGCAACUGGGGAACUCCGACCUGAUGUCUGGUAAAGAAUCGGGCCUCAAAAGAAAAGUGGUGUAGUUGUUGGCAGCUUGCUUGCUUGAUGCAUUUUUUCUGGGAUUAUUAUCGAUAGUCUUUUUACGUUUUUGUGGGAACUUGUUCAAGGCAAAUAAAAUUACAUUUAAAAAGGAAUGUGGAUGUGCAUUUGCUUCAUAAGUUUGGAAACUGUCUUCUUAUAUUGCCAAUGACUCUGUUCACUUUGUGUAAGUGUUUAUGGAUAUAUUUUUAUUUAUGAGCACAAAUAUAUCUCAUCUUUAAUGAAAUUUGUGUUCAGUUUGA